UCGUGUCUAUUCUAACUUGCUUUAUUGUGGUUGUAUUAGCCUGAUGAUGAAGCCAUGAAAACAAGCUUGUUCGCUACUUUCUGUUUCUGAUGUCAUCCCCGGGAAUUAUUUCUCAAUUGAAACAGUCCAAGGAUCCCACUGUGUUUAGAGAACUUAACCAGUAUGUUAAGUUCAGCACGAAGCUUGCGGUAGCGAGAGCGUCAGUGCAAUUUUUUGACGAGUGCAUUUUACGUUGUGAAUACCCCAAGCACUUUUGGAAAAUUCUCAGACGUAAUGGAAUUAAUCCAACUAAUACAGCUUUGAAACGCCACACGUUGAAUGAACGUGAUACGAUUGUGUCUCGGAUUAACGAACUCGAGCUUAAACGUUGCGUUUUCUCUGUCGCGCUAGAGAAUCUAUCUGCUGAGGAAUACCAGACGUUCGAAUCAUACGUUCAGAGAAUUGUGGCACGACAAGUGGAAGUACGACUAUCCUCACUGCAGAAACAACUCAAUGUGGGUAAGCCACAGAACUUAUUUCCUCCUGACCCUGAGAGAUACGUUCACAAUUUCUCCUCAGUACCAUUAGACAAGGUUUUACUUGAAGCUCUUUCACUCGGCCCGAAAUUCUGUUGUCCACGAAACUAUGUUAAACAGCUAGAUUUAGAGGUCCAAUUUGAGAAUCUCUAUUCCCAAGUAGCUACACUUUCGCCGUCCUCAGCCUUAGCAGCCGAGCAGUAUAAAUCAACGCUGGUUAACGCAUGUUACGAGUACCUAACUUAUAAACCAUGUACCAAGCAUCUAUUGAAGCAGGAACAUCUAGACGCCCUUAAAGAACUCAAGCGAAACGAUAAGAUACUGUUGUCUAGGCCGGAUAAAGGAGCCGGGAUUGUUCUGAUGGACAGAUCGGACUACAUCAGUAAGAUGUAUGCCAUUCUUUCUGACGGGACAAAAUUUCGUAGAGUGGAUAAUGAGAAUGACAAGACACAGGCAAUCGAGAGAUCCAUAACGAAACUCCUGCGUUGCUUAAAGCAGGAGAAUGUAAUCGACUCAGAUAUAUUUGAAUACACCAGACCGAGUGGGACAGUAAUUCCAAGAUUGUAUGGCCUGCCCAAAGUACACAAGGAAGGGCUACCACUAAGGCCGAUACUGGAUAUGUGUAACUCACCGUACCAUUCAACUGCCAAGUGGCUCGUCAAACGGUUGGAACCAGUCAGGAAAGCCAUAGCUAGAUACAGUCUCAAAGAUACCUUCGAUUUUCUUGACUCAGUGAGACAAAUUGAGCUAGCUGGGCGACAGAUGUUCUCCUUAGAUGUGGUGUCUCUUUUUACCAAUGUUCCCUUGGAGGAGACCAUAGAUUAUCUGUGCGAGUUCAUCCUGCUGCGCAACAUCAAUGUUGGUAUCCCACUAGACCGGCUGAGACAACUGCUACUCAUGUGCACACGAAACAUUCAGUUUCAGUUUAAUGGAACGCUAUAUCGACAAAUAGACGGGGUGGCAAUGGGUUCACCAUUAGGACCGUUGCUCGCGGACGUCUUCAUGAGCAAAUUGGAGUGCAACCAACUGAACGAAUCCAUCAACAGCUUGGUUUAUUACGGUCGAUACGUAGACGACAUAUUUUGUAUCGCGAAUAAUGGAAUGUGCGUCGAUGACCUAUUGGCCCAGUUUAACACUGCACAUAGCAAUAUAACUUUCACUAUCGAGCUAGAACGUAAUGACACGUUGGCAUUUUUAGAUGUCCAAAUCAAAAGGGCAUCAGAUGGGUCAAUGCGAAGGAGGGUGCACAGAAAAGCAACCUGGAAUGGGCAGUACAUCCAUUUCGCUAGCUUUGUUCCGAUAAGUCAAAAAAGGAACCUCGUCCGUUGCCUAACGGAGAGAGCGAGGAGAAUAUGUACAGAUGAUACGCUUUCAGAUGAGCUGAGUUUUAUACGAAACGUACUCGAGCGCAAUGGGUACCCUGAGAAAUUCAUCCAGAGGCACAUGGAACCACGAGUACAAAAGCCCAAACCCGUUUCAGUGGAGAAGCGGAUGGUAUACUUAUCGUUGCCAUUUAAGGGUGACGCGAUAGCGGAACGGACCACCCGAAGACUUUCCUUAGCAACAGAAAAAACGUAUUUUGCCGCUAAUCUCCGCGUAAGCUUCACUUCAACACCGCUCGUGUGCCAACAACUUAAAGACAGGAUACCUCGGUCGCAGACCUCCUUUUGUGUGUACAAUUUCUCUUGCUCGUGUCGAGCAAGGUAUAUCGGGAAAACGACCAGGCGACUGUCCAUUAGGGCUCGAGAGCAUUGCCCAGCUUGGCUCUAUAGCGGCGUGAGGAAGAAUAUAACGAGUGCAGUGUUGUCGCACCUAGUUGACUCCGACCAUCAAAUCGAUUCGCGUGACGCAUUCACACCGAUUUACUGUGUCCCUGGACGUUUCACACGGGCAGUCAGAUGUCGCCUGCUGUCGACAGCAGAGGCGAUCGCAAUUCGGCUCCAUAACCCGGACCUAUGUGCACAGAAAAAGCUCGUCCACACUUUAGCCUUGCCUUGGCCUGAGAUCAACGCGACUAACAAUGGCAGUCACGCCAAUUCACUUGACCAAUCAGACCAAACACGUAGACUUAUCGAUUAGUUACUCUGUUUCAGUGACUCAAUUUAAACCAUCGUGUCUAUUCUAACUUGCUUUAUUGUGGUUGUAUUAGCCUGAUGAUGAAGCCAUGAAAACAAGCUUGUUCGCUA